AUGUAUGUCAGUAACAAUCCAGGCUCCGAAAUGGGACAGGAUUUCAGGAGGUUCAGACAUGUCUACUUCUGGUGUUACUUGUGCAUGAUUUAUUGCUUCUGUUUUCUUGGCUUUUCUACUGACAGGAUUUCAUCAGGGCAUCCAGUCAAAGAUGGAGAUGUGAUUGUUUCUGCUGGCAAGAAGUUUGCCUUGGGGUUCUUCCGCUCCGGAAAUCCAGAUUUAAGGUAUGUUGGCAUAUGGUUUUACGGAAUUCCAGAACAGACAAUUGUAUGGGUUGCAAAUAGAGACAAGCCUAUUCAUGGUCUUGGAGGAACUUUGACCGUGGGAAAUCAUGGUAAUUUAGUCAUUUUGGAUGCUAAUGGUGAUUCGAUCUGGUCGACAAAUGUUGCAGCUGCAUCAAGAAAUUCUACUGCAAUUCUUGAAGAUUCUGGUAAUCUAAUUCUGUUGACUAAUCACAGGAAGCUUUAUACUAAGAAGCCAUCGUGGCAGAGUUUUGAUAAUCCAACAGACACUUUUUUGCCUGAGAUGCAAUUCUACUUUAAUGUCUCAGCUGGGGAGAACCGUUUUUUCACUUCUUGGAGAAGUGCGAAUGAUCCUUCGCUGGGCAAUUACUCAAUGGGCAUUGAUCCUCGUGGAUCGCCACAAAUACUAAUAUGGGAAGGAAGGAACCGGCAUUGGAGAAGUGGGUACUGGAAUGGACUGAUAUUCACCGGUAUUCCGAGUAUGACGGCUAUCUACUUGUAUGGCUUUAAGCUUAUCAACGAGGGGAAUGGGAGGUUGCAUUUCACUUAUACCCCGUCUAAUAGUUCAGACUUGAUAAAAUUCCAGCUACUCUGGAAUGGCACUGAGGAGCAAAGAACUUGGGAUACUGGUUUGAAGGAGUGGAGUUUAAUACAAUUACAGCCUGUAAAUCAGUGCGAGCUGUACAACAGGUGUGGACCAUUCGGGGUUUGUGAUGUUAGGAAUUCACCGAUAUGCACUUGUUUGAAAGGGUACGUGCCUAAGGACAAUGAUCAGUGGAACAGUGGGAAUUGGUCAGGUGGAUGCAUUAGGAGGACACAGCUACAAUGCGAGACAAAUGGGGGGCGAGGAGUUGGGGAAAGUGGGGAAAGAGAUGGAUUUCUAGAAGUUAAGGAUUUAAAAUUGCCAGACUUCGUAGAUUAUGUGGGUUCAGAAAAUGUUCAAGAAUGCCGAAAUAAGUGUUUGUAUAAUUGUUCAUGCAUUGCCUUCUCCUUUGCAAGUGGUAUCAGCUGCAUGAUUUGGAGCAAAGACUUGGUUGACAUUCAGCAGUUUCAGUAUGGAGGGAACACUGUGUUUCUCCGUCUUGCUCAUUCUGAGCUAGGUGACACGAGAAAGGUAACAAAACUACUUCUAGUAGCAACUGUUGUGGUGGGAGUGCUCUUUCUGGGUGUGUCAAUCUGGCUGCUUUGGAGGCGCAAAGACAAACUGCAAGAAGUUUUCAAAUCAGCGAAGCAGAGAGAGAGAUUUCCAGAAACUCAUCCAAUCCAGAGUGGAGAACUUUCAAGGGAUUUUUCAGGACCGGAUGAUCUUAGUGUCGAAGGGCAGCAAUGUUCUGGGAAAGAAUUAACGUAUUUCACUUUCAGUAGCGUGGCAGCAGCUACAAACAAUUUUUCAGACAUAAACAAGCUAGGACAAGGAGGAUUUGGCCAUGUCUAUAAAGGCAAGCUACCAGGGGGCCAAGAUAUUGCUGUCAAGAGGCUUUCAAGAAAAUCUGGACAAGGGUUGGAGGAAUUCAAGAAUGAGGUCAUGCUAAUUGCCAGGUUACAGCACAGAAAUCUUGUUAGACUUUUGGGCUGCUGCAUUGAAGGAGAGGAGAAAAUUCUACUUUACGAGUACAUGCCCAACAAAAGCCUAGACUCAUUUCUUUUUGACCCUGUAAAACAAAAUCAACUAGACUGGAGAACUCGUUUCCUCAUAAUUGAAGGCAUUGCAAGAGGUCUCCUGUAUCUUCAUCGAGAUUCAAGACUCAGAAUAAUUCACAGGGACUUAAAGGCCAGCAAUAUUUUGUUGGAUGGAGAAAUGAAUCCAAAGAUUUCAGAUUUUGGCAUGGCCAGAAUAUUUGGAGGGAACCAAAAUGAAGCAAACACAAACAGGGUUGUGGGAACAUAUGGCUACAUGGCUCCCGAAUAUGCGAUGGAAGGUCUUUUUUCAGUGAAGUCUGAUGUCUACAGCUUUGGCAUAUUGCUUUUAGAGAUUGUAAGUGGCCGGAGAAACACCAGCUUCCGCUCAGCUGAGCACUCAAAUAUCAUUGGAUAUGCAUGGGAUCUUUGGGACAGGGGCAAGGCAAUAGACUUGCUGGAUCCUUCAAUUGCAGAUACAUGUUCCCCUAAUGAAGUGUUCAGAUGCAUCCAUAUAGGCAUGCUCUGUGUGCAAGAUUCAGCAUCUCAUAGACCAAAUAUGUCAGCUGUGGUAUUGAUGUUGGAGAGCGAAAAUGCAAAUUUGCCCAUGCCAAAACAGCCUACGUUUACGUCAAUGAGAAGAUCUCUAGACGUGGAUGAUAUGUGGAAUGAAAUUCAUGAUGUUGUAACCUCAAACAAUGUAACCCUCAGUGCAAUCCUUGAUUUGCUAGAAGUUGAAGUAUUGGUCGACUUAAAGCUUUUUCAUGUUUUUGCUUUGAAUGGAACGAGUGCAAGUCGGGCGAAAGAAGAAGAGAAGAAGAAGAAAGGGGUCCUAAAUAGCUCCUUUGCCCUAGAGAGACAGCACAGGGAACAGAGAGCACAGUUAAUGGAGAAGUACAGGGAUAUCUUUAGCUUAUCAUUUCCUGUGCUUUUUAACAUCCUCUUCAUUUUACCGGCAUGUUGUGCAUCAAAUGACACCAUAACUCCAUCCCAACCACUCAAGGUUGGACAAACUCUAAUCUCUGCUGGGCAAAUCUUUGAACUAGGAUUCUUCAGUCCAGAUAAUUCAAGUGGAUUGUAUGUUGGAAUCUGGUACAAGAUUGGUCCUGAUCGUAGAAUUGUUUGGGUUGCAAACAGAGGAAACGCACUCUUAGCUAGUGACUUGGCUUCAAGGCUGAUAAUCAGCAGUGAUGGGAAUCUAAAGGUUGAAGAUGGAAAGCAAAACAGUGUCUGGUCAACAAAUGUUUCUGUCCCAUCAAAUGGCUCUAUAGCGGUGCUUCAAGAUGAUGGGGACUUCAUCCUUAAAGAUAACCUUUUAGGGGCGACUCUAUGGGAAAGCUUUUCUGAUCCCUCUGAUACACUUAUAGCAACCAUGCCACUUGGAUGUUGCAGCAGGAGUGGACAGAAAUUGUUCUUGACAGCUUGGCAAAGUGAGAACCAUCCAGCACCUGGAAAGUUUGUUGUUGGACUUUCAGAUGACAAACCAGCACAGCUUUUCACAUGGAAUGGUACAAAACCAUACUGGAGAUCAGGUCCAUGGGAUGGAUGGAAGUUCAUUGGUGCAGUAGUUAAGGAUUAUGGGUAUGGAAAUGAAGUAAGUCUGACUCAAAACAAUCAGAGGGGAACACCAUCUCUGACUUUCAACCUUUUCAACAAGCCAUACAUUUCAAAUUUGGUUAUUUCACCAAUAGGUGUGAUGGAGGUAAUGCAUAAGGAAGGACAAAAUGAACCAUGGAAGGUGCAAUGGGCAUCAAUUCAAACUCCAUGCGAUGUAUAUGGAGCUUGUGGACCCUUCAGUGCUUGUAGCAGCAGUGGAUCUCCAACUUGUGAGUGCCUAAAAGGGUUCUUUCCGUUGUCAAAUGAGGAAUGGAGUAAGGGAAAUUGGACAAGUGGAUGUUUGCGGCGUACAGAGUUGAUGUGCAGUACGAACAGUAGCAACUUAACAUCUAAAGCAUCUAAACCGGAUGGCUUCUGGAGGCUCAUUCAGAUGAAAUUACCAGAUCAUCAUCUGUUUCUUUACAAUGAAGAUGCCCAAGGGUGUAGCCAAUGGUGCCUGAGUAACUGCUCUUGUUUGGCAUAUGCAUAUCCAGAUGGAAUCGGGUGUGUCGUUUGGGUAACAGAUCUUGUGGACAUUCGGCAAUUGUCGUACGGUGGAGAGGAUCUAUAUCUUCGGGUCGCUAAUUCAGAGCUAGGAGUAAAAAGAAGAUAUACCAAGGUCAUCAUCAGCUGCGUAGCUAUAGCAAUCGGCUUCCUCUUGGUCGUGUCAAUAUGUUGUGUUCAAAGAUGGAAUGCAAAGAGAAGAGCAGUUAUGCAUACAGACACACAUCUCAAUGAACAAAAUUCAGAGACAAGAAAUUGGUGCACGAUAAAGGGCUUCAGAAAAAACUGCAGAGUGGUCGGUCUCCUUCUGUCCGGGAAUAGGGGUACUUUGAGAGAGACUACACGAGAGGGUAUCAAGGAAGGACCUGCCUCAGCCAGGGGGUCCUCGUUGGAGCUUUCGAUGAUCGAUAUUAAUGUGAUAAAAAUAGCUACCAACAACUUCAGUGAAGCUAAGAAGUUAGGUGAAGGAGGAUUUGGCGCAGUUUACAAGGGGAAAUUAGAAGAUGGACAGCAAAUAGCUGUGAAAAGGCUUUCAAGUCACGCAGGGCAAGGCAUGGAGGAGUUCAAGAAUGAGGUCAUACUGGUAUCUAAACUUCAGCACAGGAACCUUGUAAGGCUGCUCGGUUGCUGCAUUCAAGGAGAAGAAAAGAUAGUAAUUCUUGAAUACCUGAAAAAUAGAAGCUUGGACACAUUCCUCUUCGAUCGAACGAGAAGGUUGGAGCUAGACUGGGGGAAACGGUUCCACAUAAUUCAGGGCAUUGCCAGAGGGCUUCUAUACCUCCAUAGAGAUUCUUGUUUGAGAAUCAUUCACAGAGAUUUGAAGGCCAGCAACAUUCUCUUGGACGAUGACAUGAACCCCAAAAUCUCAGACUUUGGGCUGGCACGACCUUUCCGAGUUACACAAGAACAAGCUAAUACCCGCAGAGUGGUGGGAACAAUGGGCUAUAUGUCUCCCGAAUAUGCCUUGGGAGGCCUCUUUUCAGAAAAAUCUGACGUUUAUAGCUUUGGAGUUUUGUUACUAGAGAUUGUCAGCAGCAAGAAGAAUACGGGGCUUGGUUUUCAGGAAAAAUACCUGAACCUUCUUGGUUAUGCGUGGCAAUUGUGGAAUGAAUGUAAAGCUGCAGAAUUGCUGGAUCAAUCACUUGCUGAUUCUUGCGCCCCAUCAGAAGUAAUGAGAUGCAUUCAAAUUGGACUUCUUUGUGCGCAAGACCAUGCUAAAGAUCGGCCUACAAUGUCGAAUGUGGUUCUCAUGCUAAGCAGUUCAGAGAGCGAAAUGGGACUUCCUCAACCAAGACAACCAAAGUUUACGUUUCAGAGCUUGCUAGAAUAUAAUCAUUUUCAAGCAGGAGUUUCAGCAUUCAAUGGCUCCAUAAAUGAUGUUACUAUUUCAGUGGUUGAAGGUCGAUGAGUUGUCAACACAAGAUAAAACGCGGAUAGGACAAGUGAAUUUAGCUCGUACUAAAACCAUUGUAUAAAUAAACGUAAUUAAGGUUCAGAUUUCGGAUUAACUCUUAUGUAGUGAAUCGCUACCAUAUUUUAACAUAAUACAAUCCACUCAAGAUUGGUGGUC